UUGUCUUUUCGAUAUUCCAAUAAAUGAAAUUGAAGCAGAGAGACAGAGAGAGUUGAAGAUAACUACUACUAAGUAAACCAACUAUGACAGUGCUCUUCAUCAUCGUCUUGGUCUUUUUCUUCUUUCUUGUCUUCAGAUUCAUCUACAGCUAUCUAUGGGUUCCUUGGAGAAUCCAAUCUCACUUCAAGAAACAGAGCGUGACGGGUCCUCGUUACCGGAUAUUCACCGGAAACUCCGGAGAGGUGAGCCGAUUAACGGCGGAGGCGAAAGCAAAGCCGAUUCCUUCCGGGAACAAUCCUCAUGAGUUCGUCCACCGUGUGGCGCCUCACUACCACGAGUGGUCACGUGCCUACGGGAAGACGUUUCUCUACUGGUUCGGGUCGAAACCGGUUGUGGCAACGUCGGAUCCGAGAUUCAUCCGAGAAGCUUUAACGACGGGUGGGUCGUUUGAUCGAAUCGGGCAUAACCCUUUGUCUAAGCUGCUUUAUGCUCAGGGUCUUCCUGGUCUUAGAGGCGAUCAAUGGGCUUUCCAUAGAAGAAUCGCUAAACAAGCUUUUACAAUGGAGAAACUCAAGAGGUGGGUGCCGCAAAUGGUGACAAGUACUAUGAUGUUUUUGGAGAAAUGGGAGGAGAUGAGAAACGGAGCAGAAGAGAUUGAGUUAGAGGUACACAAAGAGAUGCACGAUUUGUCUGUAGAUAUGUUAUCAAGAACAGCUUUUGGGAACAGCGUGGAGGAAGGGAAAGAAAUCUUUGCGCUGCAGGAGCGUAUGAUGCGUCUUUUCUAUCUGGUUCGAUGGAGCGUUUACAUCCCCGGAUUCAGAUUCUUUCCUUCGAAGACUAAUAAAGAGAUAUGGAGGAUCGAGAAACAAAUCCGUGGUUCUAUCCUGAAACUGAUAGAAAGCAACAAAACAACAGCUGUUGAGUACUCAGGAACUAUGCUUCAGGCUUUUAUGUCUUCUUACACGAAUCAGAAUGGUCAAGAAGAGAAGCUUGGGAUUGAAGAAGUUAUAGACGAAUGCAAAACCUUCUACUUUGCAGCUAAGGAAACAACUGGUAACCUUCUGACGUUUGUUUUAGUUCUCUUAGCUAUGCACCAAGAAUGGCAAAACAUUGCUCGGGAAGAAGUCAUACGCGUCCUCGGACCAACCGGGUUUCCUACUCUAGACGUCUUACAAGAUCUCAAGGCUCUAAGUAUGAUAAUCAACGAGACUCUCCGGCUCUACCCUCCAGCAAUGACACUAAACCGUGACACACUUAGGAGAGCUAAGCUCGGAAACCUUGACAUUCCUGCAGGAAGUCAAAUAUAUCUAUCAGUUGUCGCGAUGCACCACGACACAGAAACAUGGGGAAACGACGCAGAGGAGUUUAAUCCGCGUAGGUUUGAAGAUCCUAAGAAACAAUCAGCUCUGCUUGUACCGUUUGGGUUAGGGCCGAGGACUUGUGUGGGACAGAAUCUUGCUGUGAAUGAGACCAAAACUGUUCUGGCUACGAUCUUGAAGCAUUACAGUUUCAGGUUGUCUCCAAGUUAUGCUCAUGCUCCUGUUUUGUUUGUGACCUUGCAGCCUCAAAACGGUGCUCAUCUUCUCUUCAGUAGGAUUUCGAGUUAAAAAUACUACCAAGACUGGUCGGUAUAUAUAGUUUCCGGUUUGAUCCGGUUACUGUCGGAUUUAAAUUUAAUCAUCUAAUGUACUUCGGUUUGGUAUU